UGUGCGGCCGGGGCGAUGCUGGCGGGCGGCAAGAAGGGCGCGGAGGCGGCGGCGGGCGGCGAGGCCGGGCCAGAGGCGCCGGUGCCCCCGCCCGCCGCCGCCGGGGCCCUGGGCUCCUCUUCGGAUAGCGGCGGGGCUUCGGAGCGCACGCCCCGCAAGAAGGAGCCGCCGCGGGCCUCGCCUCCGGGCGGUGUGUCCGAGCCGUCGGCUGCCGGGGCCACCCCUGCGCCCGGCGCCGAAACCACCGGCAUCGCCGAGACCCCCGAGGGCCGCAGGACCAGCCGCCGCAAGCGAGCCAAAGUGGAGUAUAGAGAGAUGGAUGAGAGUCUUGCAAACCUGUCAGAAGAUGAGUAUUACUCUGAAGAAGAGAGAAAUGCUAAAGCUGAGAAAGAGAAAAAACUACCCCCACCACCUCCACCGGCUCCUGCAGAAGAAGAGAAUGAAAGUGAGCCAGAGGAACCGUCUGGGCAAGCAGGAGGACUUCAAGACGACAGUUCUGGAGGGUAUGGAGACGGCCAAGCAUCAGGUGUGGAGGGUGCAGCUUUCCAGAGUAGACUUCCACAUGACCGUAUGACAUCUCAAGAAGCUGCCUGCUUCCCUGAUAUAAUCAGUGGGCCACAGCAGACUCAGAAGGUGUUUUUGUACAUCAGGAACCGCACUCUGCAGCUCUGGUUGGAUAACCCAAAGAUUCAGCUGACGUUUGAAGCAACUAUCCAACAAUUAGAAGCACCUUAUAAUAGUGACACAGUGCUCGUUCAUAGGGUUCACAGCUACCUGGAGCGUCAUGGGCUGAUCAACUUUGGGAUCUACAAAAGAGUGAAGCCCCUUCCAACCAAGAAGACAGGAAAGGUGAUCAUUAUUGGUUCUGGAGUCUCUGGGUUGGCAGCAGCUCGCCAGUUGCAGAGUUUUGGAAUGGAUGUCACAGUUCUGGAAGCCAGAGACCGAGUAGGAGGAAGAGUUGCUACCUUUCGCAAAGGGAACUACGUUGCAGAUCUAGGAGCAAUGGUGGUAACAGGACUUGGAGGAAAUCCCAUGGCUGUGGUCAGCAAACAAGUUAAUAUGGAAUUGGCAAAGAUCAAACAAAAAUGUCCACUUUAUGAAGCGAAUGGACAAGCUGUUCCCAAAGAGAAAGAUGAAAUGGUGGAGCAAGAAUUUAAUCGUUUGCUGGAAGCCACAUCCUAUCUCAGUCAUCAGCUGGAUUUUAAUGUUCUCAAUAAUAAGCCUGUCUCCCUAGGUCAGGCUCUGGAGGUUGUCAUACAAUUGCAGGAGAAGCAUGUGAAGGAUGAGCAGAUUGAGCACUGGAAAAAAAUUGUGAAAACACAGGAGGAAUUGAAAGAUCUUCUUAACAAGAUGGUGAAUUUAAAGGAGAAGAUUAAAGAACUUCAUCAGCAGUAUAAGGAAGCAUCAGAAGUGAAGCCACCUCGGGAUAUUACAGCAGAGUUCCUUGUGAAAAGCAAGCACAGAGAUCUGACUGCACUUUGCAAGGAGUAUGAUGAAUUGGCAGAAACACAAGGAAAGCUGGAAGAGAAAUUACAAGAACUUGAAGCCAAUCCACCAAGUGAUGUUUAUUUGUCAUCAAGAGACAGGCAAAUACUCGACUGGCAUUUUGCAAACCUAGAAUUUGCUAAUGCUACACCCCUUUCUACGCUUUCACUGAAGCACUGGGACCAGGAUGAUGACUUUGAAUUCACAGGCAGUCACUUGACUGUGAGGAAUGGAUAUUCUUGUGUGCCGGUAGCCUUAGCAGAAGGGUUGGAUAUUAAGUUAAACACAGCGGUUCGACAGGUUCGCUAUACAGCAUCAGGCUGUGAAGUAAUAGCUGUAAAUACCCGAUCUACCAGCCAGACCUUCAUUUAUAAGUGUGAUGCUGUACUGUGCACUCUGCCCUUGGGAGUGCUGAAACAGCAGCCUCCAGCAGUUCAGUUUGUGCCACCUCUUCCUGAGUGGAAAACUUCUGCAGUGCAGCGUAUGGGAUUUGGCAACCUGAACAAGGUUGUGUUGUGUUUUGAUCGUGUCUUCUGGGAUCCAAGUGUCAAUUUGUUUGGCCAUGUUGGGAGCACUACUGCAAGCAGAGGAGAACUUUUCCUCUUUUGGAACCUGUACAAAGCACCAAUUUUGUUGGCCUUGGUAGCAGGAGAAGCAGCAGGGAUCAUGGAGAAUAUCAGUGAUGAUGUCAUUGUUGGUCGGUGCCUUGCCAUUCUCAAAGGCAUAUUUGGCAGCAGCGCUGUGCCCCAGCCUAAAGAGACUGUGGUGUCCCGCUGGCGUGCUGACCCGUGGGCCCGAGGAUCGUACUCCUAUGUAGCAGCUGGAUCCUCUGGAAAUGACUAUGAUUUGAUGGCUCAGCCGAUUACUCCAGGGCCAGCCAUUCCAGGUGCUCCGCAGCCCAUUCCUCGCCUGUUCUUUGCGGGUGAACACACCAUUCGCAACUACCCUGCGACUGUCCACGGCGCAUUGCUGAGCGGCCUGAGGGAAGCCGGCCGCAUCGCAGACCAGUUCCUGGGGGCCAUGUACACACUGCCACGGCAGCCCACGCCAGGCGUGCCCCCCCAGCAGGCUGCCAGCAUGUGAGGGAAGCAGGAGGCAUCAGAAGAGGAGUGUGAAGCCCACAGUGCUGCUGUUGUGGACCCUGGGAUGGAGAUACUCAAGUAGUUUGUAGCAGUGUCUGCUGAGAGGGCCCUGAGUUACUGUACAAUGCUUGUCUGAGAAUGGCCUUACAGAAGCUUGCCAAACCUUUGGCUUGGCAGCCUUUUACAAAAUCUUAGAGCUAUUUGAAGGGACAGUGUAAACAGAAUCCUUUACUGCAAAGCUGGUCAGGGACUUUGACUCUGCAGAUACUUCUUGAAAGUCAAAAUAGCUGGAAGGUUUUUUAGGGGGUUUGGGGGGGUUUUCUACCUAUGUGCAUAUUUACAAUUUGGUAAUUGCACAAGGACCUCUAGAAGUUGGUUGCUACAAAUAGUAGCUUAGUGUAGAAUGUAUGUAAACUUUGUGGGGGUUUUUUUAUGGUUUUGUUUUGAAGAGUAAUAUUUUUGAUCAAUUCUAGUCCUGUCUGGCAUUCAAGAAUUUGGGGCAACUGUUUGCCUACCAGUAACAGCAAAUCACACCUCUCCCAAAUGGUCCAUUGGCUGCUACAUCAUCUGCAUCCUGCUGUAGAGAGUAACCUGGUAUUACUGAGUAUGCUAAGCAUACUGUUUUAUUAAAUACUUUCAACAAAAGAAAAAAUAUUAGUACUUGUUUAUAUAGAAACAGAGUUGCCUAGACAGUAAGUUAGCUGAAGGACCUAUUUCUUUGCUCAGUGUAGGAGUGUACUCUUUACCUCUUGGCUUUGUUUCUGCCAGGCUGAUGAAAUGAUGUUGCAGCUGCCAUUAUGCUUCUGAAAAUAACUUUGGUUUGGCUGCUUUUCCACCUAGUCACCUUAUAAUUCAGCACAUAGAGCCUGCCUUUCAUUGCACAGAGCAGUUUUAUGUAAGCAUUUAGUUAUUUUCUCCCUCUCUUCCUUUCCCUAUUAGCAUUAGACUUACUUCUUUGAACUUUUCUCAUCCUGUUUCUGCAGUUUAUGCCUGUCUCACCUAUCCAUGGUCUCUGUUCACACGGACUUUAUUGCUUUUCGCUGCUUCUGUUCUCACUCUCUGACCCCAUGUCUUCAUAUGUGCAGUCUGUCCCAACUUCCUUCUGUCUUUGCACCUUCUGUUCUUUGCACCUUCACCAGAGGACUGGUGCCUCCUCUUGUUCCAUGCCUGUCCCUCUCCAAUUACAUUGCCCUUGCUUCUUCCUGAAGAAAAUACACACACUCGAGCACGACUGCAGACCUGGCUUGUUUCUGGCUUUGUUGCCUUUGGCCAGACUCUCCAUCCUCUGUCAUUGUUCCUUCUACUGUUUUCUUGUGUAUCCUUCUUCGCAGCUGGAGACCAUUCAUCCUCCUGACCAUGUCUGUUGUCUUCUGGUUGUUUUCUCCUUAGAUGUUGAGGUCUGUGAGGGGGUAUUUCGAUAGCCAGUCCUUUUAACAAGCUAUGAGAAAGGGGAGGUUCUGAUGUGGCAGGGAUAUUGGGCUGGGAAUGAGACAGAUUGGAGGUGUCAAGGACUAAACCCAUUGGAAGUAGUUGGAUUUGGUGCCAUGGGGAGACCCUUUAUCCCAAAUCCGUUUGAAUCAGUGUUAUGUUCCCCAGGUCUCUUAACUUUGCAAAUGUUGCUACUUGAGCCCUUGAUGAGAACUCCACUCAUCUUUGUGCCUUCCAGGGACAAGAAAGUUUUGUGAUGGUUGGUCAGAGAAAUGCCACUGAAGGGGGGCAGGACUUGAAAGUCCAGCAGGGCAUGGAGGAGGAGUGUCUGGGGGUGACAGAGUAGAUAGAGAGUAAUUUGAAAGUCAAGAGUCCCUGCCUUAUGUUCGCGUAAAAGCCCAUCAGCACAGCUCUCCAGAGAAAUCCUGUUCCAGGAUGAGAGAUGCGUCAGACCUUUAAAAUCCAGCAACAACUGAGCUGCUCUUGGCUUCUCUGACUAAGAUGGGAAGAGGAUCUGAGAAGUGGGGUGCUGUGCAAUGUGAGUCUCCAUAUCUGUGGAGUGGUUAGCAGAAUUCCUGAUGGUGCUGUCUCUGUCAUGAAAUCCUGUGUGCUCUAGCAAAGUGUCAAACUCUUAAAAGCACUUCAGUCCCACUGGAAAAUAAAAUAGUCCUCACUUUAA